GUUUUCCAUUACUGACCGUGUUGAAAUAUGAAUAAUACAGCAUUUUGUGAUUUUUGUGAACACAGAGUGUUCAUGCAUAUCUGAACAUGGCAUCGCUUUAUUGCAUGAUGCAUAAAAACACUGUUAUUUAUGGUUGCAAAGACUAACAACAAAAACCUAGUCUAUAUUUAGAAUAUACAUUUAUCCUCUCCUCACACAGGAUCAAACUAAUUUAAUGAGCUAUUGAUUUUCCUGACCCCAGGAAAAAACAUGCCUUGUGGUGGACUGAGAUGACUGCGUAGGGUCACAUUUUAAAUUAUAAUUUUAACGGAAUAACAAAAAAUAAUGUUAUCUCUUAGCUCAACUCUAGAGUCUGUUAUUGUCAUCUUCAUGUACUUACAGUCCGAUCAGCACCUUUGGAUGAAAAUGAUGGUUAAUCCCUUAUAUAACUAGCUAUAUGUAAUGCAUAAAUCCCAUCCUCCAAAUUCAGGUUUACCAAAUAAGUAACUGCAAAAUUAUUACAGUAAACACUGUAGUUUAUCAAGUACCUAAUCCAAAAAGUUGAUUAAUUAAAAAAUUGUCAAUAAUUGUGAAUGCCCUCGCUGCCAGUAUCCAACCCUGAGGUAAUUUUCCACUUAACAGUAAAUCUGUUACCAAUGACCUAAUCAACAGACAGAGAUAGAGAGAGAGGGAUUGAUGUGUUGUGCAACCCUUAGCUCAGUCCAGAGAGCUGCAAUAAUCCAAAUCAGAGUGAAUCUGUGCUGUAUAUCUGCCUAAUGGAUAAGAGGAAGAAAGGUAAGAACCCUGAUUUAACACAUCCAGAGGGUUAACAAAUAUGUUUUUAAGAAGGUGGGGUCAUUCCAAUUUGCAUGCCAUUCAUCAGCUGUCAUCAACUGAGAGGUCAAGCGUUUUUAACUCUAUCGCUUUGUCGGUCCACAAACCCUUCGGUCCAGACUGAAACAUCGCAAAAAAAAAAGAAAUAAAAAGAUUCCUAUGAAAUUUGUGUAACUCAGACCAUGACUACUGAUGACUUUGAUGAUCCUAUAUCUUUUCUUCUAGCUUCUGUGUAAAGUUGAUAUUUGUGUUUUUGAGGGAAAUGUUUGCCAGGCAAUUUUGUUGAGCAUUCAUGGCCCCCUCAUGAUGAACUUUAAUUACUCAAUCCUUACUUCAUUAGGCAAAAAUGAUCGUUUUCCUGUCUGUCGUGCCGACAUGUCGACUGGGCGAGGUUAUCAUGCUAAACUCACAUUGACAUUGUGAGCAUAUUGCCAUGCCAACAGUAAGGAUUUAGCUCAUAGCACAGCCCCAAGAUACAAUGGCAAGAUAAUGAAACACAAAAAUGAUGAGCAAAUGCAUAACAUUUCUUACAUGUAUCUGGUGUUGUUGUUCUCAAAUUGAACUUCACUUUCUCACAGGUUCUCCUACAGAAUUAAGGCUUCUGGUGGUCGGCAGCACUGGUGCUUCUCAGUUCCUACUAACAAAUUACAUACUUGGGAGGAAAGAGUUUGCUAAGAAUGUCACCAGCAUUUCUGGCAGCAGGAAGAAUACCGGAGAGCUCGCCGGAAGACGGGUGGCUGUGGUCAAUGGACCAAACAUCUACGAAAAGGAUAUAUCUCAAGUCAAGAGGAAAAUGGAGUUGAGGAGGUCAAAGUGCUUGUGUAUACCUGGUCCGCACGCCUUUCUUGUCACCUUUGAUAUGGAGAAAAUCUCCCUGAAUGAAAUGAGAACCACCAAACUAAUGAAGAAACGCUUUGGAAGACACUGCCUGAGGUACUGCAUGGUGCUCCUGGCCUACGAGGGAAACCUUGAGGGGGCCGCCCUGGAAGAACGGGUGCAGAAGUCUGACUGGCCCCUGAGAGAACUGAUUGAGCAGUACGGCGGACGCUUCCAUGUUUUCAGCAAGAACUGGAGAGAUCAAAGCCGGAACAGAGAGCUGCUGCAGAAGAUAGAGAGGAUGGUGGCCUCCUUAGGAGGGGUCUGCUUCUCCAGCAGAACCUUCCAGAAGGCAGAGGUCAGUGUGAAAAAGGAGGUGAAGAGGCUCCAGAAGCAAAGGACGGGCGAGAUAGAGAAGGUGUGGACCGAGAUGGAGAAAAAAUACAUAGCGGAGGAUUUGUAUCAACAGAAGGACGCGUACACCGCCAACGUCGGCACCGAGAUCCGAGCCAAGGCAGAGAUGGACAACGGGUGGCUCAGGACCUCCCUGGCAAGAGGGGUGGGCACGGGCUUUGUUGUGGGCGCUGUCAUGGGGGCACUGUUCGGCUCCAUUGAGGGGCCGGGGGGGGAUGGUUCUUUACGGGAUCAUAGGCGGGGCAGUAGGUGGAUCAGCAGGAGGAACAGCCCAGGUGGCCAUAGAGCAUAUGGAGGACCGAGUGGCCCCUCCUGCCAGACUCAACUUUAA